CGGCCGGGGGCGGAGCGGCGGCGGCGGCGGUGGUGGGAAGCUGCGGCCCAGAGCCCUCUCGCGGCCGCGGCAGCAGCAGCAGCAGCGCCCGCCACGGCUGCAGUCCGGCCGCCGCCGCCGCCGCCGCCUCGCGCCCCAGCCGCCCGGCCCGACAUGAGUGAGGCGGCUCGGGAUCCGUCGCCCGGAGCGCCGCCGGCCGUAGCCGCGGCCGCCUCGGAGGAGAGAAAGGGGAAAGAGCCCGAGCGGGAGAAGCUGCCGCCCAUCGUGGCGGCCGGCGCAGCCGCGGGCUUGGACAGAGCACCCAAGGGCCAGACCUCCACUUUCAGCAGCUUUGUCUCCACAGUGACCCAGAAGAAAGAAGCCGCGGAAAACAGAAGCUCCCCUACCCCUCUGGCUCUCCCGAACAUCAGGAAUGUGAGAGACCUCCCACCAAUUUGUCUUGAUGUUAGACAAAAACAGCGUAUGUCUCUGGAUGCAUUACCAUCUGAAGUAAAGGUCCCAGCCCUUCCAGAACCUGCCCUUCCUAGCCAGCCCAGAAGUGUGAAAGACUUUGAGGAAGAUUUAGAAAAAGCUGAGUCAACAGGAAAUUGGAAAACAGUACAUGCAUUUUAUAUAACAGCGUUUGAUUCCUUUCCAGAAUUAAAUGCUGCAUUUAAGAAAGAUGCCACUUCCUCAUUUAAUACAAUUGAGGACUCUGGGGUUAACACUAAUUUGGUGAAUGCUGUAUUCGAUGCCUUACUUAACACUCCUCAAGAUAUUCAGAAAUCAGUAUUGAAGGGAAUCAUUAACAGCCUGUUACGAGAAUGGAAAGGCCCACGAACAAAAGAUGAUCUUAGAGCAUAUUUUAUACUGUUACAGAAUCCUCAAUUUAAUAUCACAUCUACAUACGUCAUCUAUGCUCAUUUGCUACGACAGAUAGCUACCUUAGUGGAAGCUGACCAUCAUUUCCUAGUUCACUGGCUUAAAAAAUUAUCCCAGAAGAAAUUCAAGCAACUGGUAGAGAGAUUGUUGCAGUUUGUGUCUUUACGUCUGUUUCCGGCAAAGCCUGAAGAGUUUCCACCUCUGACGAAGUGUACCUGGUGGAUCCCAUCAGCCUCCAAAGUACUGGCUUUACUCAAUACUGCCAAUAAUUUGAUUCAGCCUCCCCUUAUUCCUUACACUGAUUUCUAUAAUUCUACCUUGGAUCACAUUGAUCUCAUGGAAGAGUAUCAUACUUGGCAGAGCUUUGGGAAUUCUCACAGGUUUUCCUUCUGUCAGUACCCAUUCGUUAUUUCUAUAGCUGCAAAAAAAAUCAUUAUUCAGAGAGACUCAGAACAACAGAUGAUAAGCAUCGCAAGGCAAAGUCUGGUGGAUAAAGUAUCUCGAAGACAAAGACCUGACAUGAAUAUGUUAUUCCUAAAUAUGAAAGUAAGGCGGACACAUCUGGUUAGCGACUCACUUGAUGAGUUAACCCGGAAAAGAGCAGACUUGAAGAAGAAGUUGAAGGUUACAUUUGUAGGUGAAGCUGGUUUGGAUAUGGGUGGCUUGACUAAAGAAUGGUUCCUUCUGCUAAUUCGCCAGAUUUUCCAUCCAGAUUAUGGCAUGUUUACAUACCACAAGGAUUCGAACUGCCAUUGGUUUAGCAGCUUCAAGUGUGAUAACUAUUCUGAAUUCCGAUUGGUUGGAAUUCUCAUGGGACUAGCUGUUUAUAACAGCAUCACCUUGGAUAUUCGUUUUCCCCCCUGCUGUUACAGGAAGUUACUGAGCCCUCCCAUCGUCCCCAGUGAUCAGAAUACACCAGUAGGCAUCUGCAGUGUUACCAUUGAUGACUUGUGUCAGAUUAUGCCUGAAUUGGCCCAUGGAUUAAAGGAACUCUUAUCAUAUGAAGGCAACGUUGAAGAAGAUUUCUACUCAACAUUCCAGGUUUUUCAAGAAGAAUUUGGAAUAAUUAAGUCCUAUAACUUAAAACCAGGGGGUGAUAAGAUUCCAGUUACCAAUCAGAAUAGAAAAGAAUACGUACAGCUUUAUACAGACUUCCUUUUGAACAAAUCUAUCUAUAAGCAAUUUGCUGCAUUUUAUUGUGGAUUUCAUAGUGUGUGUGCUUCAAAUGCCCUGAUGCUGCUUCGUCCAGAAGAAGUUGAAAUUCUGGUUUGUGGCAGUCCUGAACUGGAUAUGCAUGCUCUGCAGAGGAGUACUCAGUACGAUGGCUAUGCGAAAACGGACCCGACUAUCCGAUACUUCUGGGAUGUUGUGCUUGGAUUUCCUCUUGAUCUUCAGAAGAAGUUGUUACAUUUUACUACAGGAAGUGACAGAGUGCCUGUGGGAGGGAUGGCUGAUUUGAACUUUAAAAUUUCAAAGAAUGAAACUUCUACCAACUGGUUACCUGUGGCACACACCUGCUUCAAUCAACUCUGCCUUCCCCCAUACAAGAGCAAAAAAGAUCUAAAACAGAAACUGAUCAUUGGAAUCUCAAAUUCAGAAGGUUUUGGACUUGAGUAACCUAGAAGACUUGAAAUACAAUAUUUUAUAUGUAGCAUUCACUUCCCUCUUAUUGUGCCUUUAACAUUUUCAUGUUUCUGUUUCAAAACACUUUCACAAAGCUCACCACUUUUAAAAUAAUGAGGGUUUUUUUUUUUACUCAAAUGCAAAAUAUGUGUAGUGAAGGCAUGAUUUAAAAAAAAACAGAAAUUUAUUAAUAGAGUAAGGAAAAGAGCAUAUGGCAGAAACAAGCCUGGGUCCAGUGCUCUUUUUUUUAUAGCAUUUUGUUGUUUUCCACAUGUAGUUAGUCACAGGUGUCCACUGGGAAAGCCACGUGCAGUAAAGAGUGCGUUAGGACGUGAUGGAACCCAGUGGCAGACGUGUGCUGGCAGCACACUGGAGCAGAGCAGAUAGCUACAUUAUCUUUACCAUAAAGCAUGUAGCCAUAUUUUCAUACAACGGUAAACAACGGUAUAAUCGCAAAUGCAGUUUACAGGGUCUUUUGAUAUAUUGGUUUGGGGUCCUAUAAGAUCUUUUCAACUGUUGCUGAAAAGCAUGUAAAUAACUACAUAACAGCCUAAGAAUCAUGGGAUUUUGAUAGUGCCAUUUAUUGCUAAAGAUUUAUUUUUACAAAGUAAAUUUAGGGUUUUAGAUGUGUAUACAGCUUUUACAAAUCAAUAAAGAUGAUUGUACAAGAGUAUUUUCAGACCAAUUGGAUUCAAGGUUAUAUUCUUUUAAGUAUUGUUAGUCCGCAUGCUCACUGGCGGUAAAUCGGUUACUUGAGUAUUCUGUAAUGUUUGUAUAAUGGUCAUUUCUUCUUAAAAAUCAAGAUAGAGCAAAUUAGACUGAACUAGUCAUUGACUACUUAAGUUAAUUACAAGCACAAAAAAACUGCCACUUUAUAUAUUUUGAUGUACAACUUAUCUACAUUUUUGAUCACCAGUUACAUGGAAACAAUUUUUGGAAAAUGUAGGAUAAGGUAUUUGACAAAAGUGAAAUACAACAAAAACAUUUGUGUCAAAAUGAUCUAGCUUGGUAUAAAAGAGAAGUUUGACAUUUUGGCUAAAAUGUUUGUUUUUCACUGGAUUCUAAAUAUAGUAAAUUCAAAAGUACCCUUGUUUUCUAUUUCUAAUAAAGUAGCAUGUAAAAACUGCAUUUUUAAGUCCCAGGUUUUUUUUUUCAAUUGAUAGCGAAUGAAGCAGUUUUAUUAACACAUUACAACAUGUCCAUCUCAAGACUUCUCUCAUUCUCUGAUAGCUUUUCUUCAGAAAACUCUGAAGUUGGCAUUUGCAAUAAGAAUGAAACCAGCAUUUAGUACCAGCAGAUGAUCCACAGGCAACUACUGCCUGGCCCAGGUCUUCUCUGAGCGAGGCAUUUCCUUGUGGUCCCGCUUCCUGCACCCAACCAGCAGAAUUCAAGGGGACAGGAACUCAUCAACUUGCCCACAGUUCUGAAGCCCGCCCACACCUGCUAGGACCGAACUUCCCUCCCUGUACUGCUUGAGACUGCAGAUGACUGCUUUUCCAUUUGAGUAUACCAAACAGAUUGUUCUUACAAGUCUCAGAAAGCCUAAGACAGCUAAAGGCACAUUUGGUUUGGUUCAUACAUUGUUUUUCAUUCAUAUGCAAAUAAAACUGCUUCUCUCUUGUACUGCUUAAACUAGAAAGUACGAUGUUUAAUGUAGGUUACUUCUAACAAGCACAAAGACUCGUAUAUACGAAACCAGAUUUAAGUGUUUUAAGUAAAAUGUAAACCAAGUUCUUAUUUGUUAGAGAUGACUCAUGGAAACAGUGUUGGCUUGGUGUGCAUGUCUAAUGAUGUGUGUGUAAUGAUAGUUUUGUCACUUUAGUGAGUACACAAGCAAGCCAAAUUCAAUUGGCAAAGUCCAUAAAUACUGGGGAGUUUUGUUGUCUUUCAUUAAGUUGAAAUUUAUAACCAUGAAUUACUUAGUCACAUAUUUAUGUUCUGUUUUUGUUUACAAUGUAAUAAUACCUCAUUUUAAAAGUAAAAACCACUACUGUUACAUUUUAAUUUAAUCAGCUAGAAAAUUAAUGUAGCUUUUUAAAUAUACAAUCUGUUAAUGAUUUCUUGAGUUUUGUAUCCGCCAUAGUAAAUUAAAGCAUUGAAAAGUAUUUAUUAGUAUUUAUAAACUGUCUUGUCCUUUUUUUAAAAACCUAUUUAUUUUUUUUCUGUAUGAUAAGUUUUUAGCAGUCCUUUUGUACAAAUCUGUAUUGUAUUGAGUUAAUUUGUGUACAAACAUUUUCAAAUAUUAAAAUUAUACAGUCAGUCAGG